AUGCCUACCGCGGAGUUCGGUGGCAUCUGGGGCUACAACUCCAGGCAGCUCAUGGCCUCGCACGGGCCCUGGGGCUCAGCGGCAGACAUGCGCGCCAUGGUGGAGCGCGCGCACAGCCUCGGCAUGGCGGUGCUCUUCGACGUGGUGCUGAACCACGGUUCCGCCAAGAUGAAUGUGUUGUGGAACUGGGAUGGCUUUGGCCCGGACAACUGUGGGGGCAUUUUCUUCGAGGGCGAGAAAGAUACGCCUUGGGGGAAGCGCUUUGCCUUCCACAAGCCGGAGGUGCAGGACUACUUGAAGCAGGCCUGCAGAGUCUGGAUCGAGGAGUACGGAGUGGAUGGCCUGCGCUUUGACUCUGUGCACAACAUGCCAUGGUGGCUUCUUCAGCAAAUGACCUUUGAAUUGAAGUCGCACUAUCCCAACAAGAUCCUCAUCGCUGAGAUCACGCCGGAGAACCCGCAGGUCAUCAAUGAUGCGGGGUUCCACUCCUGCUGGCUGCAUGCCACUCACUUUGAUGGAAUCAAGAUCAUGAAGGGCUGCGAUGGUGGAGGGGAUCCUGGGAAGCGCAUUGGCAUGCUCAAGAACAUGGUCGCCCCUCACGGCUUUGGCAACAUCGGGGGCGUGCACUCGGCCAUGGGUUCGCAUGAUCAGAUUGGCGACCGCGACCAUGGCAAGCAGGACGGGCAUGGCACCCACCGCCACUUUGUCAGCCGCUGGGGUGGCAAGGGGAAUUGGCACGCUCGUACGCAGUGCAGAGCCUGGUUCGGCUUCCAGAACUGCUGCAAAGGCCUGCCGAUGACCUUUAUGGGCACGGAGAAUCUCCAAGAGGACUGGUGGCAUGUGGACAAGCACCAUCGCAUGAACUGGGGCCUCGUCGAAGGAGCGGAUCCUCAGACCAUGGAGAUGCGCGCCUUUGUUACCGCAUCCAACAAGCUCCGCAUCUCCUGUGAGGCGCUUACCAGAGACGAUGUGAAGUUUGUGCACGAGGACGGCCAGAAUGCAAUUUUGGCCUUCAUGCGAUGGACGCAGGAUGUCGCAGCAUUGUGCAUCGUCCACUUCGGCGAGGGUCAGUGGGAAAAUGAUGGCUACGGAGUGUCCACCACCUGGGGCGGGGGCCGCACCUGGAAGCUGGCGCUCAACUCCCAGGCCAAGGAGUUUGGCGGCUGGGAUGGCAGCAGCACGCCGGAGGCGAAGGCCGACGAUUCGGGGAAGAUCAUGGUCAACAUCCCGAAAUGGUCCAUGCUGGUGUACCUCUCCAGCUAA